AUUCUUUUAACAAAUUAAGUUGAAACGACAGAAAAAUGGGGGAGUUGCCAUGUCUCAGGAGAUCAUUCUCUCAGCCUUCUGGGGGUUUUCGUGAAGCCAAAGAGGGGGACCCCUUCCGCGCACUAGGCGAAUCCGUCUCUUUCGGUAGGUUUUUGACAGACUCCCUGGCUUGGGAGAGAUGGUCGGCAUUCUCCCACAAUCGGUACUUGGAAGAAGUUGAGAAAUUUGCUAAACCGGGUUCUGUUGCUGAGAAGAAAGCCUACUUUGAGGCACAUUACAAGAGAAAAGCUGCAGAAAGAGCGGCAGCCUUGCUCGAGGCUGCAAAUGUGGUCACCACUUCAAAUGUUGUAGAGCAGCCAGCAACUGAAGACAAGAAACGCAAUGACUCUUUAAUGGAGUCGGAUAUGGUGAAAGGAGAGAUCGAUGUGGGAGAACAACAGGACAAAGAUGUUGCAAGUAAUGUCACAAUUUGUCCUUCCAAUUCAAAUUUGUGUGUCGAAAGGAAUGAACCGGAUGUUUCGGAGUUGGAAGGGGGAGGGGGAGGGGUGGCAAUUCAAGAAAGUAUGGACGUGGAGAGUUCUAAUCCAGUUGAAAUUUCAAUCCCGCCAGAGAAUAAUGUAGACCUCAAUAAGAUUGAAUCUACCACGGAAGAGAAUAUGCUUGGUAGUGAGGAAGCUAGAGAUCAAGAGAUUAUAGCUUCAGCAAGCAAGAAAAGGUCAUCCAGCUCCUCAUCAAAGUCAACAUCCCAAAACAAAGCAUACAAGACCUUGUUAUCUCCCGCCAAACAAAUGACCCAUGUACAAACCACGAAAGCGAACAAUCUUGCUUCAAGGAGUAAGAAUUUUGUGGAAGACAUGGUUAAUAAAAAGAAUGCAAAAUCACUUCACAUGUCAAUUCAUUUCUCUUCUCACUCUGGUGGUGAAAGCAGCAAGACAACUUCGCCUAUUAUACAAAAAAUCAAAAGCUUGAAAAAUUUCACAGCUUCACUCAGUGUCUCCAAGAAUAAUUCAGCUUCUUCACAAACAAAAACAAAGGCAUCUGUAAAUGAAUUAAAGAGACCGUCAUUAAACCUCAAGUCUGAAGAUAGAAGUAAUAGGCCAAUGUUAAACAAGUCCGUGGCCGGAGGAAUAAUAGCAGAUCAGAAGCGAAAUUCCCCCUCAAAAGAAAACUCCAAAUCCCCAAAUGGCCGAGGAAGCAAACCACGGUCUUCUCUAAUAACCUCUCCUUUCAGCCUUAGAAGUGAAGAGCGAGCAGCGAAACGAAAAGAGGCAAGAUUAAAGACCAUUGUACUUUUCAUUCAGUCCUUAUAA